AGUGGCCAGCAGCUAGAGAGACCUCCCAAAGAUCCACCAGCAAGGUAGAUGAGGAGGGACUGGAGCUUGCGGUGUGUAGGCAUGGUGUUCUGCUGCGUGCUCUCAAUAUGUACAGGGGAGAAAUGUUUGCUUAUCCCCUGUAUUUGCAAGAAAAGCUUGCCAGCAGGCAAAUCACUUUCUUCUGUAUGGAUGUGACCUGCAAGUAUUGGCCCUACCUCCAAAAAGCUCCAGCCCCUCCUCAGCAUGAAGCCGUUCCUGUCUGUAUUUCAUGCCAAAGCUCAUGAUUUCAAAUGCGAGGUCAAAUGGAGUGGGGCAUAUCAGGAAGGGGCUGGCCUAACACUAGGCGAGGAGGUUGAGCAGUGCAAUGCCUUCCUCUCUAGGAUUGCAGUGACCACAAAGCACAUGUCAAAAGCUGGACGCACAGACAUGCUGACUCUCUUGGCCAUGCACUGGAAUCAGCAAAAGUUCGACAAUUUGGUCACCUCACUGUCUCACAGAUAUCACAAGACCAUACAAUCUCUACAAAGCAAGCAACAGAAUGUUGAGUCCAUGAAAGCUCAGUUGGCAGUGACAGAGAGCCAUUUGGAAGACUGGGUCAGUGAUGUCAAAGAGUGGGCAGAAGCAACAACAAACACAAGCACAAAUGAUGUGGAUGCCUUGGCCAGUAGAAUCGAGGUGCUGGUGACCAGUAUAAAGAGACGCUCACAGCGUCUUUAUAAAGAUACUGACGGCAACAAAGGUCGUGCCAGGAUCCGCCGCAAAAUCAGGGAGGAGAAGGGGAUCCUGACCUCUGUUGUGGAGAAAUACAACAAAAUAGUUCCAAGCACAGAAAGUCUUUGCAUGGAAACCAUUGUGUCUGGCGAGACAGCUUGGCCAUGGCAGCUACCACACAGUGGACAAAGAGAAAGGCGUUUGACAUCAUCAUGGCAGUAAGGAGACUGGAGGAGGAGAAGAAUAUUCUUGUUCUGGAGAUGGACCACCACUGGAAAUGGCUUUCAACUCGUGCAAAGACCUCGCAAGAGUUGUCCAGUCUACUUUCUAGUGAGACAGUGAAAAAUUGGCCAUGUGGCUUUAGUGAAGAGGGGUUGAAAGGUCUGCAGAGCAUCAUCCUGAGAAAGCAGCAGAACAUCAGAGAGAAGAAGAUGCAAGCUAGAGACUGCUACCUGCGACUUUUGUCUGGAGAGACUGCAGAGAACAUGAGCUUCUUGCACAAGCCGGAUGAUUGUGACAGUGACUCGGACAGUUCUGAUGAUGCACUGUAAUUGUACCCGUUACCGCUGCUCCACUUUCUUGUGCCAGUGGAAUUACAAAUGCUACUGUAGGUUGGUCACGUGAUGCCCUCUGGCCCAAAAAUACUUCUUACCAUUGCAACAAAACAAAUGAGCCAUGGUAGCAUGGUUUCCAGCAGGAGUGUUUUAGAAAAAACGGACAAAAUCUCCUUCAUUUCUAGUACUACUAUAAGUAGUAUUAUUAUUUUUAUAUAGACAGCAGAUAUGAGAGGACAGGGAAGACUGUUUACAAAGUAUCAGGGGAUGCAGCUCAUAUAGGUUAAAUCAAUAAAUAAUAAUAAUAAAUAGAAUAAAAGAUUCUAUAAAAUACACCAUGGCUACUCACUUCCUGCAAAUUUCACCAAGAACAAUCUGUUUGAAGCAAAUAUUCUCUGGUCCAGCCUUAGCUAAAAAUACACAAAGACGGAAUCCAUUGGCACGUUGAACCAUGCGUGGUUCACUAACCAGCCCGUUUGUAACUGAUAUCCUACCGACAAAGUUACCUGCACUUCAUGUGCUUAACAGAGUUUAGCAGUUUAGAUAACAUACUGUCCAGCUGUUGUGACUUAAUGAACCACUGUUACGACCCCAGGGUUGUGACUGCUUCUUCCCUGUGUGUAUGUGUCUGCGUGUGAGAUGGGUUGCAGGUGUGCAUGGCCUAUGUGGGUGAGUCUAGGGUGGAUCCUGGGAGCUGAUUGGUCCUGCACAGGAAGGACUCUGAAUAAGAGGCCUGAUCAUCCCAGCUGCAGCGGACUUCCUCAAAGCACUCACAGCAAGACUGCCAGCAGACAUUUUGUACUUGAUUUUAAUAAACUGGUUAAAAUGCUUUGUUUGACUUGUUGCUGGUGCUUUCUUGGGAGUUGACAAGGGGAGUGUCAUUAUUUGAUGUUGUGAUCAGGUUUUCUCCUAGGCCUGGUCGUAACAACCACAGAUACUUGUUUAUGUUCUCUUUUGAAUGAGUAUAGGGGAACUCAUCCUGUAUAUAAUGUAUAUACAUACAUGGAAACAAGCAUAUACUGUAAUCAUGUACAUUCAAUAUAUAUUUCCUUUGCACCAUUUGGAUUAUUUAUAACUUAAAGAAAUACUUGACUUAUAGAUAUUUGAUCAUAUUGUUGCUAUAUGUAUUUUGAGUUGUACACCAUUAUCUGUAUCAUGUUUUCUUUUGUAUGUAAUUAACAUUGAUCAAAUGAUUACAAGUCCAUUGUACUAACGUGUAUUACUGGAACAUGUUUUUAUAUUUACUUGAUUCAGUUAAAGUUUGAUAGUGAUGUUUGGUAUCAAUUGUCCUUCAUGUAGGUCAUCACUUUCAUUCAAACACAUUUUAAUGUACCUGUAUUUAUUCAAGAGGAAGGACAAUAAACUUCAACUUUUCAAAUA